UGUAUAUUGUUGUCCACUGUCGGUGGUCAUGUGUCUCCCGGCCAGCAGGGGGCGCUGUGGGCGGUGGAACGGAACUGUUGUCGUGUCCGGAAAAAGAACUCAGCAUGGCGGAUAUAUAUUCCACUUCAUCCUUUUGCUUUACGGCGUUAGUAUAACGUCGUAACAUUAUUUAAACAACUUAAAAGCGCAGCGCUGCACGUGAGCUGCGUCUCCAGACGUCACCGGCCGUGUGCACGCGGCGCGGAGCUGGAGCCGCCGGCUGUCUGUCUGCACACGGCGGGACUUGUGACCCGGUUUGGUUUGGUUUCCUGGACCGACCCGAGUGGGAUGAAACGUCAGGAGCCCCAACGCAGAACCAAGAGGGUUACGUCUUAAAGGAACAGAGUUGACCUCCCGUGGAACGCCAACGCGAAUGAUGGGCGAGGUGGAGGUCGACGCGGAGGUGGAGCAACAACAGGACGUGUCGUCCGUGGACCCAGAGCCGCUGCUCAUCAUCCUGUCCCCGCCUCCACCGUUCCUCCCCGCCCCCGGCGAGCCGACGAUGUUCUGGCACAAGUGGCUGAAAGCCUUCGAACACUACGCCGAGGCGCUCGGCGGAGACGAGCUCGUGGACUCCGGCAAGCACGCGCUCUUCCACAGCUGCCUCGGCCUCGAGGGGCAGCGCGUCUCCGCGGCGCUGCUGCCGGGCGAGACCACCUACGCGGCGGCCGUCUCCGCGCUGACCGUUUACUUCCGCUCGGAUCGCGGCUCUCAGAUGCGCCGGCUGCAGUUUCACCAGCGGGCGCAGAAGCCCGGAGAGACGGCGGACCUCUUCGUGUCCGCGUUGGAAGAUCUGCUGCGACCGUGCAACUACGGAGACCUGCAGGACCAGCUGGUUCUGGAUCAGCUGAUCGAGAAGACGAACUGCCCUCAGCUCGGGGAGAGGCUGCUGUCGGAGAGGGGCACGCUGACCCGGGACAAGGCGCUGGUCAUCGGUAAAGAGGUUGAAUUUGCUUUGAGUGGAUCGGAACUGUUUGGUUACCACGAGGUCAGCGUGGACAUCGGAGACGACUUGGACCCUCCGGUUCCAAUAAAACGCAAAAGAGGGCGACCUCGGCGCGGCGAGGGGAGACCAAAAGAACACGCAACGCCACUCUGGACUAAAACCCGGACGAGGUCAGCGCGAGCCAAAGACGACGGUUACUACGGCAACGAUAUGCCACGUCAUCGCGAAAAUGACGACACGUGCAAGAGCGGCGGCGAAGCCCGCGAUAAAGACGCUCGUGAAAAUAACGGCGCCUUGUCGUCACAGAGGAUGGAGGAGGAAGGCCGAGACAAUGCCAGCGAAGAAGAAGAAGAUGAUGAUGAUGAUGAAGACUUUUACCCGUCUAAGCUCAAAGGCCCCAACUGUCCCGUCUGCGUUGACAAGCGCUUCAGGGACGCCAACAAGCUCGCCAGACACAUGAGGACGCACACGCAGGAGAAACCGUUCGGCUGCCCCGUGUGCGCCGCGACCUUCAGCCAGUCGUACCACAUGACCCGGCACAUGAGGAAGCAGCACGGCGCGGGCCGCUACAUCUGCCCCACGUGCGGGAAGAGUUCGGAGAGCUUCGCCGGGCUGCAGAGCCACAAGAGGACGCACGGCUCGCGGGCGCCGUCGCGUCCCGACCGCGGCGAAACGUCCGCCGAGGACCGGGGGAAGGACCGGGAGGUGAAGGAAUCGCGUGACAAGGAUUCGGACGACGACGACGACGAUGAUGAUGAAAGCGGCGAUGAUGUCGCAAAGAACGACGCAGACUCUGACGACGGCGAUUCUCACGGCGGAGAACCUAAAGCCGACGUCAAGACGGAGGAGAAGGACGGAGACGGUCGGACGGAAGCGGUCGCGCGCGAGACCAAAACAAAAGGUCAUCGCUGUCCCGUCUGCGUGGGCCGGCGCUUCAGGGGGCCGAACAAGCUCGCCAGGCACAUGAGGACGCACACCAAGGAGAAACCGUUCGGCUGCCCCGUGUGCGCCGCGACCUUCAGCCAGUCGUACCACAUGACCCGGCACCUGCGGAAGCAGCACGGCUUGGGCCAGUACAUCUGCGUCAAAUGCGGGACGUGCUUCGGCAGCUGGCUGGAGCUGAGGGCGCACAAGAAGACGCACGCGGUGGAGGGCCUGACGUGUCUGUCGUGCGACAAACAGUUCAAGGGGAAGGCGGCGCUCGCCAGUCACCUCAAGCUGCACAAGAAAGUGGCGGCGGGGCCCCGGAGCCUCGUCUGCGACGAUUGCGGCAAACGGUUCGGCCGCAUGUAUCACCUGAAGAGGCACGCGAUGACGCACCGCAGAGCCGCGGGCGGAGAGGCGUACGCGUGUCCCGACUGCCGGAAGAACUUCGCCCUGCCGGAGGACCUCAACAAGCACCUGGAGGGCCACGUGAAGGAGAACAGCGGCACGUGUCCCAAGUGCGGCGAGACCUUCGGCAGUCCGGAGGAGCUGGAGGCGCACGCGGGUCCACGAGAAGUGCUUCCCCUGCGGCACCUGCGGGAAGAAGUUCAAGGUGGAGUACGCGCUGAAGAAGCACGAGCGGGGCCACCAGGACGGGCAGCACUACUGCUCGCUGUGCCGCAAGCGCUUCUCCAAGCUGUCGCACUACAAGAGGCACGUGACGGUCCACGACCGGCGGGAGUCCAAGUGCCCGCACUGCGACAGCGUCUUCCUGCAGCGGACGGCGCUCAAGUACCACCUGCGGACUCACACGGGCGAGCGGCCGCACCAGUGCACCUGCUGCAUGGAGACCUUCGAGGAGCAGGCGGAGCUCCAGCGGCACCGCCUCAAGCACAGGAGGUUCCGGCGGGAGCGGCCGUACUCGUGCACGCGCUGCGACUGCGCGUUCCCGACGCUGCUGGAGCUGACGGGCCACAUGGGGUCGCACGGCGCCGAGCCGCCGAUGAGCUGCCCCGCGUGCGGCCGCACGUUCCUGAACAAGGGCAAGCUGGAGAGGCACCUGAGCAUCCACUCGGGGGAGCGGCCGCACCUGUGCGCCGCGUGCGGCAACGGCUUCCCGUCGGCCGCCAGCCUCAAGCUGCACGUCCUCAUCCACACCGGGGAGAAGCCGUUCGGGUGCGCGCAGUGCGGCAAGAGCUUCGGCUCGGCCGGCGGGCUGCGGCUGCACGGCCGGCAGCACAUGGCGGUGCGGCCCAGCUACGAGUGCCCCGAGUGCGGCCGGACGUACGGCCGCAUGACGGAGCUGAGGAUGCACCAGCGCUACCACACGGGCGACAAGCCGUACGCCUGCACCUGCUGCAGCAAGCGCUUCAUCAGCAAAGACAAGCUGAACGUCCACAUGCGGAUCCACACGGGCGAGAGGCCGUACGCCUGCCCCCACUGCGGCCAGACGUUCACGCAGACCGGAGACCGCAACAGACACGUCAGCAAAUACCACUAGAGGGGGGGGUGUGUGAUUAUUCACAUGUGAUCAAGAAUAAGAAACCUAAAUAAGCUUUUUUUUAGGCAGCCGUGAACAAUGAUUAGGUUGUGUCAUUUACAUUUGUAUUGUUUUGGUCAUUUCAAGAAGAGAUGCUCUCUGUUGUAGAACACAAUCCAAAAGUUAAUCCUUUGAAUUAUAAACCAGUGCUCAAUCAAUAAUAUUUAUUUAUACAGCUCAUUUUGUAAUUACUAUGUAGCUUAAAGUGCUCCACAUGAAUAAAUACAAACAGAAAACCUUCCUUUUAAAGAAAGCGUAAGAGAAUCAACACCAGGAAACAAGAGGAAGUGCUUCGAGGACGAGUCGCUACUUUUACUUUUCACUUAUUUUAAGGAGCAUCAACGUGUUUUUUUUCUCCAAAACCCCGUUAAACAAAUAAAAAAAUGUACAAUGUCUUCGAAUAAAUAAAAUAGGGAAUCAUUGUAGUAAAGCUGAGUGGAUUCAUGGAGAAUUUAUUGUCAUUUAUACAACACACUUUUUGCAAAAAUGACUGAAGUAAACAGAUGAAUCAUGUUUACAUUCCAUCAUAGAUGGUGCUUUCAAGGGUCUGAUAUCUAAGAUAUUAGGCUAACAUUUUACUCUACAAGCUUCACGUUUGUUGUUCACAGUCGCUGCUGUGGAGUUUCCUGCAACCUCCCUAGCUCGACUUUAUUCUUCUACUUAGUCCAAAAGCUCUUACGGGUCUUGCCCUCGUAGCUCCUCCCCCUCGGCCCCUGACACGCCCCUCUUCAUUCAGCUCUUUCUCAUUCAAGCGUCUCGUUUUACCAACAAACACAGUCGUGCAUGCCGAGAGUUCGGCGACCUUUCUACAAACUGGAUAUGAUUAUGGUCACUAACGGAUGUCAGAGAUCACGUGUCAUUAUGUGUGUUGUCAUGUUUAUUUUGUUUCAUUAUUUUUGAAAUAUUCCCGUGAAGCCAUCCGUGUAACCCGUGUUUAGAAAAGUGCCAUAAGAAUAAAACAUUUGUUCACCUUG